CCCCCGGGCUGGGAAGGAGCGAAGAUGGACAUCUCGCAGCUUCCCAGCGCGCGUGGUUUGGUUUGUCAGGAUCUGGGGGUCGUGCUGGUCCUGCUGGAGGUGGUGCUGUCAGCCGUCAGAGUAGAUGCUUUCCCUGUCCUUGCUAGCAGAUGCCAACAGAUGUUGUUCCUUCUCUGGCCUCUGGAGAAGACUACUCACCCGCUGGAGUUCUUGAGAAAUGUCUGCUCUUCAGACCACAUACUUUCACAGGAAAAAAAUAAUUGAAUUUUUCUAAGCUUCCAUUACUGCGGUGGCAAAACUCUCAAGAUCUCAGAGGUCAAUCGCUAUUGAAAGAAAUUUGCAGACUGAAAUAAUGCAAAGGAACUUAUUUAAGCAUAUUUUUUAAAUGCCUAAAGAGCAGAUAGCAGGGUGGAAAGACUUACACAGGACCAUGUGGAGGAAGAGACUGCAGUGGAGGAUGCCAGUGUUUUCCUGAAAAAGGAGGCCGUGGCCAGCCAGGACUCCUUGGAUCACAGGGGUUCCCCGGACCACCAGGAUUGAUGGGGAUCCCAGGAGUGCAAGGUCCCAAAGGUCACAAAGGUGAAAGAGGACAUCCAGGAAUAAGUGGACCCAAAGGAGAAAUGGGACUAAGAGGAGUCACUGGAUUCCCAGGGGCAGAUGGCGUUCCUGGUCAUCCAGGGCAGCCAGGAUCAAGGGGGAAACCGGGUCAUGAUGGCUGUAACGGGACAGUAGGUGACCCUGGCGACUCAGGAACUCCAGGACUCUCUGGUUUCCCCGGUACCAUUGGAGUCCAAGGACCAAAGGGCCAGAAGGGGGAGCCCUAUAUACUACCACCGGACAUUGCCAGCCGAUACCGGGGAGAACCUGGGGAUCCAGGAUUCAGUGGUUUUCCAGGACCUCCAGGUAUACUGGGUGUUCAAGGACCUGUUGGUCCAAGAGGAGAGCGAGGAAGACCAGGACCACCAGGGCCCCCAGGACCACAAGGACCACAAGGCAACAGGGGCCUUGGCUUCUAUGGAGAAAAAGGUGAACAGGGACCCCCAGGUCCACCCGGUCCACCUGGGCUUCCUACAAGAGAACUGAUGGGUGUCCCCUCUGACAAACACAAGGGUGAAAGAGGAGAACGUGGACAAAAAGGGGAACCUGGACAACCAGGUAUACGGUACGCUGGUGAAAGAGGUGAAAAAGGGGUAAUGGGCUUCUCAGGACAAAGGGGACUGCCUGGUAUCGAUGGCUCUCCGGGACUCAGUGGAGAAAGAGGUUUUUCAGGACCUGAUGGCCUACCAGGUGGAUACGGUCCUAGAGGAGCCAAGGGAGAGCAGGGCGCGAUGGGUCCUCCUGGACCACCUGUCUAUGUUCCAUACCACAUUCCAAGAAAAGGUACAAGAGGUGAACCAGGCUUUCCGGGUGCUUCUGGACUACACGGAGAACCGGGAGAGCAGGGAGAUCGUGGGCUGCCUGGUCUUCCUGGAUUCUCUGAUGGAGAUGCGGAUAAGCCAGGUUUACCUGGAGAAAUGGGACCAAAAGGUGAAAAAGGUGAAUUAGGAUCUCCUGCUUAUCAGGCAGGCCCACCUGGGUUUCCGGGUAAGCACGGUGAACCAGGGCUCCGUGGUCCUCCUGGUCCUGCUGGAAUUCCCGGUUCUCUCUUUGGAUUAAAAGGACGGGAAGGGACACCAGGUAGACCUGGCACACAAGGUUACCCUGGGCCAAGAGGACAAAAAGGACCCAAAGGCGAAGAAGGGGAUUGCAGUAAAUGCCUUCUGGGUGAUGAACUCCGAAGGGGCUCCACUGGCCCCCCUGGCCCGCCUGGUUUUCCAGGAACCCCUGGCCAGCCAGGGAGAAAAGGAGAACCUGGUGAUCAAGGUCCACAUGGUAUUCCUGGCUACCCUGGAGCAAAAGGAUUGUCCGGUCAAGAAGGAUUUCCAGGACCAAAAGGAGAAAAGGGAGAUUCUUUUUACAUAACUACUAAAGGCACCAAAGGAAUCCGAGGAGAUCCUGGGCUUCCUGGUAUCAGAGGGGGAGAUGGUUUUCCAGGCAGAGAUGGAUUAGAUGGUUUACCAGGACAGCCUGGCCUUCCAGGUGAUACUAUCAGCGGCUUCCCCGGCGAUCCUGGUUAUCCAGGUGAAUUAGGCCCAAAGGGCUUUCCAGGGGAAACGGGUCUGCCAGGUGAAGGAUUUGUUGGUCCAAAAGGGUACCGUGGUCCUCCAGGUGACCAUGGAACAGAUGGAAGCCCUGGACCUCCAGGUCUUCCCGGUCCACCAGGAGAGCCUGGCCAACUAGACUGUGGGCAGGUCAUUGAAGACUUUUCUAGAGGAGAUGGAACUGAACCAAUAUGGUCAGGUGGGGGCUGCGUGAGGCCACCAAAGGGGUCCCAGGGCAAGCCAGGACUGCCAGGAGCCACAGGUGCUAAAGGUACAAGAGGAUUCCCAGGUGAUCCAGGCCCAGUGGGAUACCCAGGGCUCAAUGGUACACGAGGUGAUCCAGGUCGGGAAGGAUUGCCAGGUCCUCCAGGUUUUACUGGGCCUCGGGGAGACAGGGGCCCAAAUGGACUACCUGGACUACAGGGACACCCAGGCCUUACAGGAAAGUCUGGUGCUCCAGGACUGGCAGGACAGAAGGGCGUUCCUGGUGAAGUUUUAAGAGCAACAGCAGGUUCUCGAGGGGAUGCUGGGCUGCCCGGCUUCCCUGGCUUGAAAGGCACACCUGGAGAUCAAGGAGUACCGGGAGUUAGAGGAGCGGAUGGUAGCCCAGGCUUGCCAGGAGCCAAAGGCGAUCCAGGGCUGCAAGGUCUCCCUGGUCUGAUGGGUUUGCCAGGAUCACCAGGAACACAUGGAUUCCCAGGCCCACCAGGGAACCCUGGGCCAGACGGCGGACCUGGGUCUCAAGGACCCCUUGGUCCACCAGGUGCAAGAGGAGAAGAUGGUGAGCAAGGUUUUCCUGGUCCCGUGGGCCUGAAAGGUCUGUCUGGUGAAAAAGGUGAAACGGGGUACCCAGGAUUGCAAGGUAUACCUGGCGUGAUUGGUCCCCCUGGCAUCAGUGGAAUGGAUGGCUUUCCAGGAGAUAAAGGCUUAAGAGGUUCACCUGGCGUUGAUGGUUUCAAAGGCAUGCCAGGCCUGAAAGGAAGACCAGGAAUCAAAGGAAUCAAAGGAGAAUUUGGUUCAUUCGGGGCUCGGGGCGAUAAAGGCACACAGGGCGCACGAGGCUUUAAAGGUGACCGUGGGGAACAGGGUCCCCCAGGAGAGCCCCCAAAGCUGAAGCCUAGCAUGAUGAUGGAAGUUAAAGGUGAAAAAGGAGAUGUUGGAGAAACCGGCACCAAGGGAUUCUUCGGCUUGAAAGGUAGCAAGGGAAUGCCAGGCCUCCCCGGUAAGACAGGAACUCCCGGGUCUCCGGGGCACCCCAGUUACGUGGUUGGUGUGAAGGGGGACAUUGGUGAAAAAGGACUGACAGGUCUGAAAGGGUAUCCUGGUCCGGCUGGCUCUCCUGGCAUCAGAGGCUUCCCUGGCAGCACAGGAGGCAGGGGAGAUAAGGGUGUCCCAGGAAUUUCAGGCCAUUUUGGUACUCCUGGCUCCCAUGGUGAAAUAGGUGAGCCGGGAGAUACUAUAAACUUACCAGGAAUGCCAGGUCUUAAAGGGGAAGUUGGUGUGCCAGGCCUAACAGGCUUAAGAGGAGGCCCAGGACAAAAAGGCGAAGGGGGUGAGCCUGGUAACCCUGGCAUUGAGGGCAUCAGGGGCACACAGGGUGUCCCUGGCUCCUUGGGACAGGAAGGAUUGCCGGGACUGGUUGGCCCCCCAGGGCAGCAAGGAAGCCCCGGGACACCUGGAUCUCAAGGUGAAAAGGGAACUCCUGGCUGGCCUGGCUUACCCGGACAAGCAGGCUUGCCUGGCUUGAGAGGAAUCAGUGGACUGCACGGUUUACCAGGCACUAAGGGGCUGCCAGGAUCACCAGGUCCAGAUGGCUAUGGCUCUGCAGGCUUCCCAGGUACCGUGGGUGACAAAGGAGAAGCAGGAGAGCCGAGCAGAGUGGAAGGCAGCCGAGGCCCUCCGGGUCAGAAGGGAGACAGAGGUGUUCCAGGGAUCCAAGGACCCUUUGGCAUUCCUGGGCAGGAUGGAUUUCCAGGGCCUCCCGGGAUUUCAAAUAUAUCAGGAUAUCCUGGUGAUAAAGGUUCCCCAGGUCUGGACGGAGUGCCAGGCUAUCCAGGACUACAGGGGCAGCCUGGAAUACCAGCUCCACCUGGAAGCAAAGGAGAAAGCGGACAAGUAGGUGUGAGCGGACAAACUGGCCCAAAAGGAGAUAGAGGUGAUCCUGGAUUAGCAGGGAGACCUGGGAUUCCCGGGUACCCUGGGCCAAAAGGUCGCAAGGGUGAGCAAGGUGUCAUCGGCUUUAUGGGCACAGUAGGAUUUCCAGGUGAUCUGGGACCCAUCGGACCCAAGGGGGACAGAGGACUAACUGGCUUUCAGGGCCCUCCAGGCUCUCCUGGGCUGCCGCCUCUUCCUCCAAGGCUGUUUGCUGAGCAAGGUUCACCAGGUCCCCGUGGAAAUACAGGACCUCAGGGAAGCCCAGGAGAUAUGGGCCCUCAGGGUCCACCAGGCGAUCCAGGUUUUAGAGGCUCACCUGGAGACCCAGGGCUCCAGGGCAGAGGUGGCAUUCCAGCUCCUCCGGGAUCCAGAGGUGAACAAGGAGCAAUGGGGUUUCAAGGUCCAGUGGGAUUUGAAGGCCAGCCAGGCCGCCCCGGUAGCCCUGGGCUGCCAGGCAUGCCGGGUCGUAGCGUCAGCAUCGGCUACCUGCUGGUGAAGCACAGCCAGUCCGACCAAGAGCCGAUGUGUCCGAUCGGCAUGAACAAACUGUGGAGUGGGUACAGCCUCCUGUACUUCGAAGGGCAAGAGAAAGCACACAACCAGGACCUAGGUCUGGCCGGCUCAUGCUUGGCUCGUUUCAGUACAAUGCCAUUCCUCUACUGUAACCCGGGGGAUAUUUGUUAUUAUGCAAAUCGAAAUGAUAAAUCCUACUGGCUCUCGACUACAGCACCUCUCCCAAUGAUGCCUGUGGCAGAAGAAGAAAUUAGACCAUAUAUCAGCCGCUGCUCAGUCUGUGAGGCCCCAGCUGUGGCAAUUGCUGUCCAUAGCCAAGAAGCUUCUAUUCCUCGCUGCCCUGAAGGCUGGCGCAGUUUGUGGAUUGGAUAUUCCUUCCUCAUGCACACUGCGGCUGGUGAUGAAGGUGGAGGACAGUCGCUGGUUUCUCCUGGGAGCUGCCUGGAAGAUUUCAGAGCUACUCCUUUCAUCGAAUGCAACGGCGCACGCGGAACCUGUCAUUACUUUGCAAAUAAAUACAGCUUCUGGCUCACUACGAUUGACCAGCCCUUCCAAAGCAAGCCCUCAGCAGAUACACUCAAGGCAGGACUCAUCCGAAGCCAUAUCAGCAGGUGCCAAGUCUGUAUGAAAAAUUUAUAGAAGUCUUUCAUAGUAUAAGGAACCUGCUUAUCCUGUAGUUCUUGUACAGUGAAACCUUCUAUGAUGUUUAGACAUUUGAAUAAAUCAUGUUGGUGCUUUUUUUAACUUAUUACCUCAAAAGCUGAAUGGAAAUUUAAUUUUAAAAGUGUCUGUAAAAGCAAAUUAAGUGUAACAGAAAUCAAGUCUAACACACAGACCUAGUGUUGUGUUCUCCUACUAUACAGUAUAUAUAUAUUUUUUGCUAGUCUAACAUUAUGUCAUUUGCCAAAUGUUACAAAUAUUCAGCUUUGAAACACAAAAACUUCAGUAGUAAAUGAAUACCUUGGUCAGAUACCCACUGCAUUUACUUUAGGAUAACGUAUGCAUCUUUUCUAUUAACUGUAUUUGUCACAACACUAAACACUAGCAGCUACAAUUCAUUCAAACAAUUAACACACUGUGAUCACACUAAGCCUUAAAGCCUAGCAAAGUACUGAAAAUGUACACUGGAAGGUGCUCAUGUCCAGCAUUAAAGCCUAACUUCAAUGACAGUAUUUUAUGCUUGGGCAUUUCAAACACACACCCAAAACAAUCAUCUUUUUCUUAUAUUUGUGUUUUGUUUUUUUUUAAGCUUCACCACUCUUUAGCACUUAAUCACUGGAAAUAGCAGAGAAGCCCACAGGCCUUCCAAAAAGAGUAACCAAAAAAUGCACAUCUCUUCCUGUUUUGGUUAGGAGACUACAUGAUGAAGGUCAGCACAUUACUUUAAAAGUCUGGCAUUUUUUUUCUAGACGUACUCCAGGCCAAAGGAUCAUUACAAAGGUCUCCUGCUCCACCGUGUUGUGGACAUUGAUCUGUGUCAUGUUACUCACAGCACCGAGUAUUUUUUGCAUUGCAGCUUUUCCCCUCUGAAACCAGGCUAGUCAUCACAAACAUGUAUUACCCAUGUGCUGUUGGAGCUGCUGUCACACGUAGGGUAGGUCUUCCAGGACAACCUAUUGCUCAAUGCCAUGUUACCUUGAAGGUCAAAACUUGCAGCCCUGCCAGUUGUCUGUCUGGAGGCAUGUGGUCCUGGCAGCUGGGGACAUGUGGCAACGUGAUGACCAGCAUAUCUGCCUGCACGCAUCCUUCCUUGCAAAAGCAAAGGGGAAGGAAGCAGAGCAUUUAUUUGGCACAAUCUUUUUCCAUAGAGAACCAUGUCAUUGCAUGCCAGGCUUGAGAAAUGGCCACAACGGAUAGCUCUCCCCUUCUAAAGAAGCCAUUUAACCCAAAGCUGUCUGUCACCACUACAAGAGAGGGAGGGAGAGCACGGUUGCAAAUGAUUCUCUUCCCAUUGACAUAGUCUGAUUAUAUACCCAAACACUAAAAACUGAAAUCGAAGAGACUUCUAUAACGACAAUUGAUUUUUCAACUGUUCACUCCUGCUUCAGGUGUUUAUUGGGUUUUGUAAUUACAUUCCAUCCUCACUGUAUCAUAAAUAAAAUCUGUUUUUUUCUACUCCUCUA